CUCAGCCUAAAUUGUCAUUUCGAUCGGAAGGUCCAUUUAAUGCAAUUGAAUUAGUUGAGAGGGCCGAGUUAAGAUAUGGUUCUCUACCUCAUGAACAUAUUGAAUCUAUUGCUCAAGAGUUACGUAAUGAAGAAUCUACUUCAAACAAUGAAGAAUCUACUUCAAACAAUGAAGAAUCUACUUCAAACACUUUAAAUAUUUACCGUAGUCAAGAUGUUCCAUAUUUUCCAGCUUGCAAAUCAUAG